UCUCUUGUUCUCAUUAUUGAAUUUACAUCCUUCUGAUAAUCAUCAUAUCUUCCUUUCUACACUAAUUAAUACAAUUUCUGUCCUAUAGAGAAUUCUUGGAACUGUUCAUUGUAGUACUUGAUAAGCUUCUAGGCUACACUUUCUUUCAAUCUUUUUUCUUUCCCAUUGACUUUUUGAGCUAUUUUUGUGUGGGAAUAAAGGAGAAAGAAUAUACAAUAGUAUGUAUAAUGCAACUGGAGUGGGAAGAGAAGAAGUUUUUUAUGAAGGUGGGGGAGGGGUGGUGAUGACAAGAGAUCCAAAGCCAAGAUUGAGGUGGACUACUGAAUUACAUGAACAAUUUGUGGAUGCUGUCACUAAGCUUGGUGGUCCUGAUAAAGCAACUCCCAAAUCAGUACUGAGGUUAAUGGGCUUGAAGGGUUUGACACUAUACCAUUUGAAGAGUCAUUUGCAGAAGUAUAGACUUGGACAACUGUCCAAGAAACAAAAUGCCGCAGAGCAAAACAAAGAAAACAGUGGGGACUCCUCUGGACAAUUCAGUUUGCAUUCCUCAGGUCCCAGUACCUCUUCAUUAAGUAUGAACUUUAUGCAAGGAGAAGUUCCAAUCGCAGAGGCAGUAAUGUGUCAAAUUGAAGUUCAGAAAAGAUUACAGGAGCAGCUUGAGGUGCAACAAAAAUUGCAAAUGAGAAUAGAAACACAGGGUAAGUAUUUGCAAGCAAUAUUAGAUAAAGCUCAGAAGAAGCUCCCAGUCAACAUGAACUCUCCUAGUGCACUGGAAGCAACAAGAGCUCACACUUUUAAUUCACCUCUGUCAAAUUUAAUGGAUUACACACAUGGAGAAAACCGGGACAACAACAUUAGAACGCAUGGUAAUAGUAAUGAGGAGCUACCAAGGUUUCAUUACAUCAUGGAGGAAGAACGAAAGAACGAUCUCAAUCUUAAGCUUGAAGAAGCUUCCAUCAAUUUCGAUUUGAACUCUAGAAGUAGCUAUGACUUUAUCGGAAGAUUGGGAAUAUAGCGUUAAUGACACAUAGUCAAGCCUUUUUAGUUAAGGUUGUAUACGUCUAUAUGCAUCUCAACAAGUUGGAAUACUGCAGAAACAAUACAAGAUUAUCAUUGAUAGUUCUCUUUCACACA